AUGUUGAAAUACACGGUGAAAAAAUAUUGCUCCGAGGGAAGCAAGUUUAAUCAAAUUAUUAUGGUGGUACUAAUGGUUCUUCCAGUCUUCUCUUACGGGACAGCGGUUGGAUGGCUCUCCCCGAUGGGACCUAAACUCAUGUCCGAAGACACCCCAGCUGCGAAGCCAGUGCAUCCUGACGUCAUAUCAUGGAUGGCUUCAGUUCCGUACCUUGUAGGAACGCCGGCUGUUUUCUUGUUUGGUUUUAUCGUUGAUAAUUUCGGAAGGAAAAAGGCAUUAAUGCUGACAUCUUUAUCUAUGGCGGUAUGCUGGUCUCUAAAGAUUUACUCAAGUGAAACAUGGGCAUUAAUAUUAGCACGAGCGAUCGUCGGAUUUGGUGUCAGUGGCUCCUAUGUAGUCACACCUCUAUACAUAAAGGAGGUCAGCGAAGAUUCCAUAAGAGGGACUCUCGGUAGUUUAGUGGUGCUGUCCCAGAACUUGGGGAACCUGCUGGUAUACAUCGCGGGGGAGUAUUUGUGCUAUAACACUACGCUGUGGUUGUGCCUAUCGGUGCCUCUGCUACAUUUGCUGAUCUUCGUCAUUAUGCCAGAGACGCCCUCAUAUCUACUGAAGAGUGGCAAAGUUGAGGAAGCGAGGGCAGCGUUGGCAUGGCUGCGAUGUCGCCAGCAAUCUGACACGGCGGUGGACAAUGAACUGCAGGCAUUGCUUCUCGAGAUGCAGCAGGAAAACUCUGCACGGUUCUUUGAAGUUUUAAAAAUUUUAGUGUCGGACCGCAGCACCUUUCGCGCCUUCCGCAUAACACUCACCAUAACACUUGCGCGGGAGCUAUGUGGCUGCCUUGCAGUACUGCACUUCGCCUCGUUGAUCUUCAGCCAGGCCAGCUCCAGCUGGGUGUUAACCGCUAACCAGCAGGCCACUAUGUUGGGUGUUGUGCAAUUAGUUGGUUCGUUCACCGCUUCGAGUUUGGUGGAGAGGAUUGGUAGAAAGCCGUUGCUGGGCGCGACGUGCCUGGUGUCGGGCGCAGCGCUGUGCGCACUGAGCGCGUGGUUCUGGCUGCGUGGCGCCGGCGCGGCGCUGCCGCUCGUCCCCGUUGUCGCGCUCUGCCUCUGCAUCUACUGCGACGCCGCCGGCCUGCAGCCCGUGCCCUUCGUCAUCAUGACCGAAAUGUUCUCCUUCCAACUCCGCGGUACUGUGACGUCUAUUGUGAUCGCCUUCGCUUGUGCCUUAGUGUCGAUAGAGCUAAGAGUCUUUCAGCCGUUAGCAGCCUCUAUAGGCUUGCAUUUUGUCUUCGGUAUAUUCGCGACGGUCUGUCUCCUCAGUACCGUGUAUAUCGCUUGCUGCGUUCCCGAAACGAAGAUGAGAACUACGGAAGAGAUAUACGCAGAGUUGGGGGGUAAGGGAAAAGGAAAGUGGACGGAGAACAAGAAACAAAAAGAUUGUGAAGCGUCUGUGACUAAAUUGUAA